AUGACAGUGUCGGUACAAGUUCAGUCAGACUCUCCUGUUGAAAGUUCUACUAUGCAAAUCAAACCUCGAAGUAAAAUAGUCCCCGCGGGUGAUGCUCCAGAAUGGAAAAAGAGGCUUCUCCUUGGCAAAGCUCCAGUGGGUGAAGGUGGUGAUCUAUUUGGCCCUAUGGAAUUGGAGAACGUGUUUAAGCCUCCCCCGCCAACCGCGGAACCAACAACCCAAACGAAUAUCUUGACCUCCAUCCAGGCUAAGCAUCCAGCGUCCGUUCCCUUGAUCUCUUCAAGAGACAGGAUACCGGACAAUUCGCCAAAUGGUAUUGAUGGUACCCAGAGGGGAAAGCCUGCAGACGGUGAUCAGGACAGUAUGGAAAGAUACAAUACUUCAGUGGAUAAAGCAAAAUGUUCGUUCGGUUAUAUUCAAGGUAGUGGAAGUCUCGGUUUUGACCCCCGAUCGCGGACUUUGAGUGGCAGAGAGGAACUACGCAACGAGGAAAUUACUCCCAUUCUAUUCUCCAAAGAUGAAACAGCCAGGGAACAUACCAGUCGCACAUUUCUGGAGUCGAUUCUUGACCGAGGGAAAAGUUCUGUGGUAACAGGAAAAGAAGGUCUUUAUUCCCGCAGGAGGGACUCCGUGGUCAGCGAUGAUUAUAGUUACCUUAGCCAUCGAGGGGAACAGACUUUUUCCAACGGAACCGAGCAAACCGUCGAAAUGACCAGCCAAUCGUUGCCCGAAGAUUUAUCUGUUGGAACAACGGAUUUCGUUUCAGUUGGCGGUCUUAUCAGCAUGCGUCGUGGUGGUCACUCCAACGACGGAUCCUUUCGCCACCGCCAACUAACGCCAUCUCUACUUUCAACUCUCCAUUCUUCCUCCUUCCUAUCUGGCUCAAAGCUUAGAAACUCCCCACACGUCGACAGACGAAAGGGAAUAUUUCCCCCCCAACAGCAACUAAAACAACAUCAUCAAAACCAGCAAUCUCCUUCCAAAUUCCUUACACCGUACCGGGAACGACGUGAAACAAAUGACUCCAGGCCAAGAUCCUCCGGCAGCCCCUUGAAGCUGUUCGGGGAGUACGAUACAUUUACCAAUAACAAACUCCUACGAAGAAUGAGCCAGUUCGAAGAAACGUAUAAUAACGGGCCAGAGGAUGUGCAGUCACCGCCCUCCGAGAACCGACAGAGAGGUGGAAGCCAAAGCCGACCAACCUCGAGGCGCAAUAAUCAAACAACUAGUCUCGGGUGGAGAACCCAUCCAAUUCAAAAGGCCCAGUUGCGGGUAGAUAUCCAUAGCUCAACUGAGCAACGAGAAGAAGGCCUCAGUCUGCUUCCUGCGCCUUCCUUGGUAAUUGCACAAGAAGAUGGGAACGGGUCCUGCAGACAUUCUCCCUCACGAAAACAUUCAGGAGAGAAUGAAAGCCAAAAUAAAGCUACAGUGCCCACCGAUCUAUUUGGCCCAACUGUAGUUACUACUCCAUCUUUUCCGGCAUAUAAGCAUAAUACGAGUGAUGAAAGACCUGCGUCGAAUUUGGAAGGUGAUAUCAGUGAAGAAGAUCCAUUCAAAAGCAUUCCUGAUCUUAGCGUUGAUGAGUUGCAGGAGCUCAUGGCUGCGCAGACAUUCUCGUCGCCGGCGAAGUCGCAAGGGAAACUGUGUUCCAUGACUGCAACGUAUGGCGAGCAUGGUAGUCGGAGGGGCCAACACGCUAUUGAGGAGGCGGUUAGGGAGGAGGAACGGAGAGAAAUUCCUGAUUUUAGACCACUUACCCGCGAUGGCCGUUUUGAGACGAGUUCCGUACAAUCGAAGUCUACGAGGUUUACUUCCAGCUGUCCCAAGCCGGACACGGACACGGACACGAGAGCUACGUCUUGGAGUAGUGAGGAGAUGGCAGCGAGCAUGCACGUUCAGCAAGCUUCCACGGAUCCUGCUAAUUUCUUGAAGCGCGUUGAUGACAUUAAGUGGAAACGCGGUCAGGUUCGGUAUCCGCAGCAGAUGGAUGGUGGCCAGGUUCCUGGCGGCCUUACUAGUCCCAGAGUUGCGACGAUUUCUUUUUCGUCACCGUUGCUAUCGCAUGUUGUGUACCAGGAGGAUUCGACUAGUCCUGUUGAAUCGGAGCAGCCACCUCUACUUCCAGUUCCGCGACAUGGCAAUAUUAGUGGAUUUCAGAGUCAAUCGGGUACCGUGCCGUGUUCAUAUAUGAAAAGCUCGCCAUUUAAGACUUCUUCGCGGCACAAUGGCGCGUUUGACAUUCGGGCUUUCAUGGGACGGCCUAUCUCGCGGAUUGAUGAGCAGACUGAAGAUUCGGCUAAUGAAGACUUUCAUGUCGAGAAUCACGGGCUUUCUGUUAUGCAGGUCCCCGGUCACGAGGAGCAGUCGAUGGUUUUACCGGGUUGCCCAGACAUGGAUACUACGUACAGCUUUCAUCUAGCGCCACUAUCGGACUUUAGUCUUAAUCAGAUGGAUGAGUCGAUGAGGUUGGAGGUUAGUUAUAUCGCUGAGCGUACUCACCCGUCAUCUCUCAGACAAGUUCACGGGACAUUUGCACUGGCGACUCAGGAUUUGGUGAAGCAUAUCACCGAUACUGAGCCGUACGAACCAUACUGGGAACACCUACGACGCCUCGAUCUUCGAGGUAAAGGCCUCAUAACGCUACAUAGACUUAAAGACUUCUGCUCACGGCUUGAGGAACUCGAUGCCUCAGACAAUAAUAUCGGGCAGGUUUCUGGUGUCCCCUCGAGCGUUCGCUCGUUGAAGAUCCCAUGCAACUGUCUGACGAAUUUGACAUCGUGGGGACAUUUGGGCAAUCUGCAGUAUCUGGAUGUAUCUGGGAACAAGCUGGAGGAUUUGGAUGCGUUUGCGGGACUGGUGCAUUUGAGGAGUUUAAAGGCGGAUGGGAAUCGGAUAAGGAAUAUUAGGGGGGUUAUGGGGUUGAAUGGGUUGUUGACGUUGAAUGUUAGGGGGAAUUUGGUGCGGGAGGUUGAUUUUGGGGAGGGGGAGUUGACGCGUUUGAUAAACCUCGACAUGCGCGAUAAUCGUAUCUCGAGUGUACGCAACAUUAGAUUCAUUAAGACUAUCGAAAAGUUGGAUCUUCGGGGUAACCAGAUUCAGCACUUCGAGUCGUCAGAAGUGCUGCAUUGCCUACACUCACUUAACUUGUCUAACAAUUACAUAGUAAAAAUAGAUAUUAGGAAUUUUCCUAAUCUCCAUCUUCUCUACGCUGACAAGAAUCAUCUCAGCACGAUUACGGGUCUGGAACAAUGCCAUUAUCUCGACGUCCUUUCUCUUCGCGAACAGUCGCUGCCAUCUUCUUCCCAACAGUCGGACAUUGAUCGGCUACCCGUCAUCGACUUUGAUAUCAGUGCAGCCCUCUCCCUUCGCAAGCUAUAUCUGUCCUCCAAUCUCCUCUCGCCCGAUCUCCUCGCCCCACCCGGUGGUUGUCCCAGUCUACAAUUCCUUGACAUCGCCUCGUGUGCCCUGCAAGAAUUACCCAGUCAGUUCGGCAUGUGUUUCCCCAAUCUACGGGUCCUGAAUCUCAAUUUCAACGCGCUCGCUGACGUGGGUGAGCUGCUGGGACUUAGGAGGCUUGGACGCGUCUCGUUGAUUGGCAACCGCAUCGCGCGGCUUCGGAGGCUCUGUCAGAUUCUGCGUUCCGUCGGUGGACGGUGCGGUGCGUUGACUGAUGUUGAUCUGAGAGAGAACCCUAUUACAUUAGGUUUUUAUCCGGCUCCUGUCACGGGGAGUGGAAGGAUGUGGCGCGAUGAAGCGGGGAGGCUUGUUGGGGCGAAAAAGCACAAGUAUAAACGGUUACAUGUGCAUGGUCAUAGUGGGGAGGAAAGGCAGCUGCAGGUUCGCGGGAGAGAUGGGGAGAAUGAAGAUGAGGGUGAAGAGGAUGUGGGGUUCAUGAGCCUGGGCGGUUGUACGGAUAUUGCGCGGAAGGGAUUUCGCGAGUCACGGGUGGCUGAUGAUGCAGAUAGUGCUGACGGUGAGAAAGUCGAGAUUGAGAUUGACGAUCAGUACACUGUGCCGCCAGCGAACAUCAUUGCGGAUCGAAAGUAUGUCAUGCACCUUGAUGAGGCAACGAGGCUGCGGCGGAGGGUGGUGGAGCUUAUGGUGCAGGCGGCUGCGGCUGGGAGGUUGAAAGUUUUUAAUGGGUUACCUGUUUGUGGCGGGGAUGACGGGGAUGGGGAUAGAGGGAGGAGUGGGUGUGUGAGGAAGGAUGAGGUGUGGAGGAGGUUGGAGGAGUUGGGGGUUUUGAAGAAGAGGAGAAGGACGGUGCAGUUGGAGGUGGGAGGAUAA